AUGGUGCUAGAUCUCACAAGAUUCCUUGCUUUCAUCUGCAAUUUAACUGGAUCCAGCAAGGCGCUAGAAAUGAUCCUAUUGUUAAGACCUCAGAAAUAUUUCCAAAGAACCCAUGUUUUGAUUCCCACCACAGCUGAGGGAGUCCGUUGUGCAACCUGUGGGGAGGAUUUGGCUAAUCUGGAAGCACUCAAGGAGCAUAGACGUACAGCACAUCCUACGCCAGACCUCAAUGCGGGGUCUGGUAAGAAAGGAUUUGAAUGUGACUACUGUGGUAAAACUUUCAACUGCCGAUCCAAUCUUCGAGAUCAUUUAGUGGUCCACACAGGAGAAAAACCAUAUCCUUGUGACAUAUGUGGAAAGUCUUUCAGUUUCAUUCAUAAUAUGAAGACCCAUAGGCUCACUCACAACGAAGGCCGUAACGAAGUUUGUCCAUAUUGUGACAAAGCUUACAAGAGCAAAAUAUCCCUCUAUUAUCAUAUGAAGAAAGGCAAUUGUCGAGGCCUUUCUACAAAAGAGGUACCAGAAGGGUACCAUCGUUGUACAGACUGCCUACAAAUGUUUGCAAGUGAAGAUAGAUUUAAGUGUCACAAAGAGAAGAACAUCUGCCAAGUUUCUCACAGAUGUCAGCACUGCGGGCUUCGAUGCUCUUCAGAAACACGUCUUAAAAACCACCUGCAAAAGGGCCUUUGCAUAAAGAAGGAAUCGCCAUCAUCACCAACCUCAACAGUGCCUAGAAAGCGGAGGUCAGCAGGGAAAGAACAUGAAAAGGUCAGUGAAGAAAUUGUGUGUGACAGAUGCAAUUACACAAAAGACUGUUGUUGUACCUUCUCCUGCAGCCAUUGUGGAAAACGUGUAUUUUCCAUUAUGGCGUAUACUUUGCACUCAGAGAGAACCUGUCCAGUCCUUAAGCAACGUCGUGAACGCAUCAGAAUGGCAAUCAUGGAAAAGAGGCGACGUAAGGAAGGUCUCUUGUCAGAAAGCAAAGAGAUUCCUGAAUUGCCAGAAGCUCCAUAUGAAUUCCAAGGUAGGUAUAAACGGCGCAGCAGUUCUGAGGAGAAUGCAUUCAAAAUUAGAAAAAUGACAGUAGACCUUGGAAUUGAGAAACUAAAUAAAGAAAGUGAGAUUAAAAAGGAAAAUGUUAGUGAUGUUAUUGCUCCCGGAAUAGAUGGAGAUGAUGAUAGUAAUUCUGGAAGCUUGACAGAUUUAUCUACUUUCACCUCGCCAAACAUAUUACCAACAGUUACUGAUGCUACCGAUGAAUAACAGCAAUUUAGCCAAGAGACAAGAAAACCCAGAGUCAAGGUUUCAUCUUCAGGGUAAUUUGUUGGAGUCUUAUUUCUUAUUGAAACCUUACAAAUGAACUUAGAAUAAUUUGAAACUAAGAUUCUAUGCAACGUGAACUGGCGAUAUUAGUCAGAUCUUGAGGCCUGUGCAUUGAUGAUAAGUUCUUGAUAUCUUUUGCCAAAUGUACCUGACUUGUUAUAUUGUGCCAAAGAAAGGCUAGUGUCAGGGGUGUUUUAUCUGGGUUGACAUGUUAUUUCUGAAAAGUUUCCAAAAACUGAAAUUUAUACAGAUGUUUUCCAAGCACUGUACUACGUACUGUACUUGUACAUUGAAAGCUUGAGAGCUUUUUAAAAGGUUUUCUGCUUAAAUACUCUAUGAUACUGUAAUUAUAGUUUUUGUUAUGUUGAAAUGUGAAUCUAAAUUCCACUACAUACAAAUUAUAUUUUUAUGAAUGAAAUUUAAAUGUAGUUUAUUACAAUUAUGGCAUCAAGCUAGUCAGUUGAAGGUAGUGUAAUCUAUAAACAGUGAUUUAAUCUACAUAUGCAAAUGAAUAAACCAGGAUUGUGAUACUGGUAUGAUGUUUUCUAGAGAACAGUGAUAACAUGGGAUGUGAAGAACAACAAUGACAGUCUGCAAGUUAUUUGAUAUGCCAAGAUUUAUACAGAAAUAGGUGACAUUUGGUAUUCAUAAACAUUCUUAUGGUUUUGCUGUGAUUUUGCAAGUGUUUUUAUGUUGUUUUGCUUAUGCAUGUAUACUUUAUAUAAGGUAAAAAACAAAUGGUAUGUUGGACAUAUUUUUAUUUUAAUUCUGUUUUCUUUUAGUGUUAAGGUUGCAGUUGUCAUCUGUUUUAUGUGACUAUUUUAUGAGGACAAUCUUUUGCAAGACACGGCAGCAUAGCGACAUAGCAUUUGGUUCAGCUUAUUUUGAGUCAGGAGUACUGCUUGGAUUGUUAGAAUAAAUUUUUGAGUUACUCUUCUUGAGAGGAAGGUGGUAUAGUUAGUUAUAUUUUUUUCCUGUGUUCAUCUUAGUGGGAUUUUCAUUUGCGGUUAACUUUAAUUUGUUCUCAUUUAUUAUUGUUCGAGAUGUCUCACAGUGAAAUGAUUUAAUCUGUUAAUCAUUAAAUUAUACUAGAAUUAGGAUGUCUCAGCAGGAAUAUUCAGACAUUGUACAUAUUUGGCUGAACUUCUUUCUUUUGUUCUUCUUUUGUCAGUUUUGUCUUUCUAGAUACAGUAUCUUUUUUCUCUUAUUCUAGUAAUAUCAUCCUAUUGAUUUGUAAUCAUAUCAAGGCUCUUAAUAUUUGUUGUUAGAAGGUCUGUUAAAUCCUAUAGAGGCAUUAUCUCAUAAAGUUGAAUAUAAAACUACAGUACUAAAAGACUGUCACUCUAAUCCUAUGUUUUCACUAUGUUUUUCUCUUCAUUUUAUGGCCUUUUAUUAUCACUAAUAUGUUAGCAACUAUAAAAGUUACAGUGCCAGACAUAUGGUAUACCAGCAAUGAAGGCUGAAAUUAUAACUUUAAUAGCUGUAUACCUAUUUCUGUGAUUGCCUGAUGUUAAGUCAUUUUUAAGUGUGUGGUCUCCCUUAAGGAAGUUAAGAUAUUCAUUCUUAUAAUUAACACGCCGAGUAAUUUUAAUGUUUGUGGAUUUUUCAUACAUCAGCCAGCUGAUAGUCAAGAUCUGUUUGAUGAUCUUGUCAAGUUGCAGUUUUGAAUUAAUAGUAUGUACUUGGUUUGCUGAGUUAAGAUUAUGCCAAAAAUUUUACAUAAAACCACUUGAGCUUUUGUUGACCAUCAUCUUAUCAGUUCAGAAAUUAAAUUUCAAAUGCUCAGAAUCAACAAUGCUGCCACUUCGUUUCUUUAGUAGUAUCUACUUUACAUUUUUUUAAAUAAUUUUAGUGCCGU